AUGGCGCUGGCAGCGGCGACGCCUGCGGAUCUGACAUCGUCCAAGGCCUCGUCCAAGUCGGAGUCGUCCAAGUCGGCGUCAACUUCUUCGUCGCUCGGGUGCUCGAGGCUGCAGCACAUUCCGCCCUACCUCCGGCCCUACGAGGGUAGAUUCCAGAACCGGCGGGGGCAGUCGCUGUACUAUCUCGCGUUGUUCCCGCCGGAGGAGAUGCCCAUGAGAGGCGUGGUCCUUUGUCUGCACGGCCUCGGAGACCACUGCCGACGCUACAUCCCGCUGUACGAGCGCCUGUGCGAGGAGGGCUUCGGCGUCCUGUCGUACGACAUGCUGAACCACGGGGCCAGCGACUGCGACGCGCACAACACGCGCGCGCACAUCGACAACUUCCGCUUCCUCGUCGACGACACUAACGCGUUCGUCACGUUCGCCAAGAAGUGUGUCUACCCGGACGUGCUCCGCUACUGGCGAGAGCACCACCACCCUCACCACCCGCACGGUCGGCUCAAAGACCGCUUUGUCGCCCCGGAACUCCCUCUCAUCAUUGCAGGCACUUCGUUCGGAUCCCUCGUGGGGCUCCACACUGUCCUCACCGGUCGACACAAAUUCCACGCGGCCGUGUGGGCGUCACCGACCAUCGGCGUGACCUGGACGCCGCUGCUGUGGGUGGAAUCGAAGCUCGCCGCCCCGCUCGCGCUCCUGUUCCCUAAGGCCAAGCUCGUCCCCGCAGUGCAGCACGAGCUGCUGUGUCGAGACCCGGCCUUCCUCGAGGACUUCCGGGCGGACCCGCUGACAUCCAUGGACAUGCUGACGCCCCGCACGGGCCACGAGUCCUUGCAGGCCAUGAUUCGGCUUCAGGAGGACGUGCGCGUGUCGAGCCCGGACAGCGCCUUCUGUGCCGUGCCCAUGCUCUUCCUCGCCGGCUCGGCCGACGGCAUCGCCGACCAACAGGCGGCUAUCAGGUUUUUCGCCUCGAUGGGCAACUUGGACAAGGAGUUCAAGCUGUUCGACGGCCUCUUCCACCUCGUGUAUGAAGACCCGGAGAAGGAAGACGUGCUCCGGUACCUCGCGCAGUGGCUGCGACGAAGGUUCCCGGUCGAGUCGCGCGAUGCGGACAACUAG